GGUUUCCCCACAGACUCAUACUAUAUAUGCCUCAUGUUAUUUGACGUCUAGCUGGUUUAUUUACAUGCGCACAUUGGUUUGAAUUGACGAUUCCGAAUAUGCAUAUCAUUCUUACUGGCGCAACCGGGCUUGUUGGCUCCGCAGUUCUCGUUGCUUUGCGGGCCAGGCCUGAUGUCUCCAGGAUCUCGAUUCUCAGCCGCAGACCUGUGCCUAUGCUGGAAGGCACAAACGACAGCCGGAUAGAGGUGAUCAUUCACGAUUUCAAAGGCUACGACUGCUAUCCAGGAACGUCUACGGAGCGCGAAUGCGUGUGUGUGGGCAUUGGGCACUAGCCAAACCGCCGUUUCAAAAGAGUAAGUUAUCUCACGUUUGCCCACGUAGACUUUUCUUGAAUUGAUAGUACUAUGCUCACCUCCGAGCUGGAAAGGAAGUACAUUCACAUCACAAAGGAUAUGGCGCUAGAAGCAGCAAAAGCCUUACAACAGCUUCGAACUGGCGACUUGAAUGCUUUCAACUUCGUUUAUAUCUCCGGGGAAGGCGCGACCAGCAAUCCGGGUCCCUUCACGCCACUAUUCGGCCGCGUUAAAGGGGAAACCGAGACCGGACUUAUGAAGAUCCAGUCGAAAGUGGCAAACUUUCGUCUGUUUAUCGUUCGCCCUUCCCAUGUGGACUCGAAGGGUCACAAGGCCAUCGCCCCGUAUAUUCCUCAACCUACCGUCCUGCUACGUGCCGCCAAUCUAGCUCUCGGUCCCGCCCUCAGGGGCUUUCUCAAGCCAUAUAAUAGUCCAACAGCGCCGCUGGGGGAAUUCCUAGUGGACCUGGCGACUGGUGCGCAGCAGGGUCGAUUACACGGUGACGGCGUGGAAUGUCGAGGGGCAAGUACAAUAAUUUCCAACGUUGGGUUCAGGCGCCUGAUGGGAUUAUCGUGAUUUCUCGGACUUUUCAGACUCGGGCGCAUUGCAGGUACUCUUGGCUGGAUAAUCAUCCUGA